AUGGCGAAUCCAGAUACAGGGCUGCCGUCGCCAUCUUCUGGAACGGCGGCGCUGUCAUCUUACUUCAACGGUACUGUGGCUGCCCCCGAUCAGCCAAGCGCAAGUGCUGCGCAGUUGUCGCAUCCAUUUUCUCCCUCAGAGCAGAGUUCUGUCAGUAAUCAACGUGAUCAAACAUUAUCUCCGACUCAGUCCUCUCUUCAUCCUCUUCCUACAAAACCAGUCAGCCAGCUCUCUUCUCAAGCGGCCACCCCAGCCAUGAUCCAGUCUUCUACACCCACUCUUGCGCAGUCCAAGCCCCGCAUAAGGGGUGGUUUUGAAGUUGAUGAUGAUCCUGAAGAUGAGGAAGGGACACAAGACGGAAAGGAUGAGGUUGAUGUCUACGAUCCAUCCGUGGGGCUAGACUUCGAUGUCUCUACACCUGCUCCUCUCCUUGCAAAUCAAGACUCCACUCCCCUUAAUAGAGCUUCCCAGUCACCAGAACAAGAAAAUGGAAUCACUCCUGUUCCUGUCCAGGCCACUGGUAGUCCUGCUGACGCUGACCUUUCUUCUUCCACUACUCUUCCUUCUGGUGCCAGUGCUGAUGUGCGUGCUGCCACUGCCACACCUUCUCACACUGCUCCUGAUCAUCCGACUCAGAAUUCUCCACCUCGCUCGCAUGUGAAUGCCUCUGUUGCUCCAGGCUUACCCAAGUCGCGACUAGCUCAUGAUGUGGUUGGUAUCCUGGAAGAUCGCAUCAAGGAUGACCCUCGUGGUGACAUUGAUGCAUAUCUUGAACUAAUCGACGAAUUGAAGAGUCGAAACAAGCAAGAAGAUGUCCGUCGGGUGUACGAGCAAUAUCUCAAAGUCUUUCCUCUGGCCGCCGAACAAUGGUGUGCAUACGUGAAAUGGGAAGAGGAGCAGGAUCGAAUGCGGGCUAUGGAAACCCUCUUCAAUCGUUCCUUGCUUGAUGUGCUUGAUGUGCAACUCUGGUCUCUGUACAUCAACUACAUCCGCCGGCGGAACAGCAUGCAAACGGGUGACAUCAAUCGCUCGUACACCAUCAUCAACGACUCCUUCACCUUUGCUCUCAAGACGAUCGGCAUGGACAAGGACUCAGGCCAAUUAUGGCAAGACUAUAUCAACUUCCUCAAGACUGGUCCCGGAACUGUUGGCGGGAGCGGCUGGCAAGAUGGGGCAAAAGUCGACGCUCUGCGAGAGGCAUACCAGAAAGCUAUUGCGGUGCCAACCGCAGCAACCAUGCCGCUUUGGAAAGAAUAUGAUGCGUUUGAGACAGGGCUGAACAAGAUCAAUGGUCGAAAAUACCUUCAAGAGAAGUCACCAAUCUAUAUGACUGCCAGAACGGCAUUUACCCAGCUGCAGAACUUGACAAAGGGCCUAAAGAGGACUUCGAGGCCGCAACUUCCACCCGCGCCUGGCUUCGAGGGUCAUGCCGAGUAUAUGCAUCAAGUCAGUCUAUGGAAGACGUGGAUUGAGUGGGAGAAAGAAGAUAACCUUGUUCUCAAAGAUGAAGACCCAGCUUCGUACAAGAAUCGGAUCUUCUUCACAUACAAGCAAGCUCUCAUGGCCCUAGAAUUCUGGCCUGAGAUGUGGUAUGAUGCAGUUGAAUUCUGCUUCAACAAUGGCCUGGACGCUGAGGGUACCAAGCUCCUCAACCAAGGAAUCGCUGCCAACCCAGAGUCCCCCCUGUUGGCGUUUCAACUGGCGGAUCGUAUUGAGGCAUCGACCCAGAACGACGAAGGUGCAGAUCCUGGCGCCAAAGAACGGAUGAAGAAGAUUCGAGAGCCGUAUGACAAACUUCUGGACGCACUCUAUGAUCUGAUCAAGAAAGUAUCGCUCCGUGAGAAGCAGGACAUUCAAAAGGUCGAACUCACUGCUGCUGGCAAUGGAGUUGAGUCGGAGGACGACGACAUCAACGCUUCCAACGUCGCCGCCAAGAAGGCUGCCAUUGAUAGUCAGAUUGAGACGAUCAAGAAGACUGCCCAAGCACAGACCGAUGUCCUCAGUCGAAUGGUCUCGCAUGUUUGGAUUGCGCUGAUGCGAGCAACCAGACGAGUGCAGGGGAAAGGAUUGCCAACAGAACGGGGACCUAGUGGGUUCCGUGCUGUCUUUGGCGAGGCACGUAAGAGAGGCAAGCUUACGAGCGACUUUUAUGUCGAAUCUGCGCGCAUUGAGUGGCAAUGCUACCGGGAUCCUACCGGUACCAAGAUCCUCGACCGUGGUAUGAAGCUGUUUCCCGAAGACGACUACCUCCCGUUGCAGUACGUCAAGCACCUCUUUGAUAUCAACGAUGUCACGAAUGCACGAGCGGUUUUCGAAACUACGGUCAAGAGACUCCUGGCUCACGAUGACGCCGCACAUACAGCAAAGGCCAAACCGUUGUUUGCUUUCCUGCACGACUACGAAUCCAAAUACGGUGAACUGGCUCAAGUCCAGUCGCUGGAAGAGCGGAUGAAGAAGCACUUCCCGGAAGAUCCUAUGCUCAAACUCUUCUCCAGCCGAUACAACACAUCCACCUUUGACACCAUCAACGCGUACCCCGUCAUCUCACCACACCAAGUCAAGCCUCUGCAGACUGCGGUCAUGCCGUCGGUGGAGAUGCCGGAAGUCGUCAACUCGCCCAUACAGAAGGUGAUCGACGCGAUUACAACCAACUCUCCGAAGCGGCCAUUCCCAGAUGAUUUUGAGGAUGUCGGGCCACGUAAACUGGCACGCGGUGAGUCGCCCUUGAAGGGUGCAGCGGGCCGCCGCAUGAAUCAACAGCAGCAGCAGCAACAACAACAGCAGCAACAACAGCAGCAGCAGCAGCAGCGUCAGAUCAACCCUCCCAUCGGGAUGCCACAGUUCCAAGCUCCUCCCCCAUUACCCCCAGCAGUUGUUUACCUUCUGAGCAUCCUACCAAAGGCUUCGACGUAUGUCGAUACCAGAUUUGACGCCACGAAGAUCAUGGAGCUCAUUCGAGACGUUCGUCUACCUCCGCCAGCAGCAGUUCCAGCGCAGCACAGCCAGACUCCAGCCCCAGCACCUCAGCCAGGUUGGCCAGCUUAUCCGCAUCCACCAGUGCCGAUCCCGCCUCAAGGCUUCGCGCCGCCGCCUAGCGUUACACAAAGUCCAUACGGGGGAGGUAAGUGGCUGUCAUAG